UUCACGACAGCAACGCGUCGCGACACUCUGCCGAUUCAUAAAAACCAAUCAGAGUAGUGCCAUCUUCAUCACGUGGGCAAAAUCUUAAUCUGCAUACUUUAACAGACAAAAGACUUGUCUAUUUCUAUUAUUUAGAACUGAAGCAAACAUCCUAAAUAUUUGCAAACUAGGGCGCGUUGCGCAAGACAUGAUCGCAUUCGUCACAAUUUAUCCACCAGACUUUAUCCUCUGCCGCAUGUGGCGAAACACGUGCUUCGAGUGACUCCAGCCAGCGUGGAAAUACACGCUUACACUACAAACCCAUUGAGCUCGCCUCAGAGAGGUGGACAUGGAGUUUGAGGAGUCGGGCAUUGGGGAGGAAUGCGGGGUGUUCGGCUGUGUGGCGGCGGGGGAAUGGCCAACACAACUGGAGGUCGCGCAGAUUUUGACACUUGGACUUGUUGCUUUGCAGCACAGGGGUCAGGAGAGUGCUGGAAUUGUCAUGAGUACUGGAACAAACCCACCAACAUACACCACCCUAAAGGGCAUGGGUUUAGUGAAUACAGCUUUUAAAGCAGAGGAUUUGCUGGAACUGCGCAAUGGUAACCUAGGCAUCGGACACACGCGUUACUCCACCACGGGCAUCUCAGAGCUACAGAACUGCCAGCCUUUUGUGGUAGACACGCUGCAUGGCAAGAUUGCAGUAGCACACAAUGGGGAACUGGUCAAUGCCUCCGCACUGCGCAAGAAGGUUAUGCGCCAUGGCGUUGGCCUCUCCACCAGCUCAGACAGUGAACUUAUUACCCAGCUCCUAGCUUUGACUCCACCCAUGGAGGAGCAAGACACUCCUGAUUGGGUGGCUCGUAUAAAGAACUUGAUGACUGAGACGCCUACUUCGUACUCACUGCUAGUGAUGUAUAAAGAUGUGAUCUAUGCAGUGAGAGACCCCUAUGGAAACAGGCCUCUUUCUAUUGGACGUAUAGUGCCCAUCUCCAAACUGCACAGCUCAGGUGCUGGAGAAACAGACACAGAAGGCUGGGUGGUCUCUUCUGAGUCCUGCAGCUUCCAGUCCAUUGGAGCAAAGUAUUAUCGUGAAGUACAGCCCGGAGAGAUCAUCCAGAUCUCUAAAAAUGGAGUGAAGAGCCUGAGUGUUGUCCCACGGCCAGAGGGAGACCCUCCUGCAUUCUGCAUAUUUGAGUAUGUUUACUUUGCCAGGCCAGACUCCAUAUUUGAAGGCCAGAUGGUAUAUACAGUGAGGCAGCGCUGUGGACAGCAGUUGGCCAUUGAGGCUCCCACUGAUGCUGAUGUAGUGAGCACUGUUCCAGAAUCAGCCACACCUGCAGCAUUAGGAUACGCACAACAAUCUGGCCUUCCAUAUGUAGAGGUGCUGUGUAAGAACCGCUACGUGGGCAGAACGUUCAUUCAACCAAACACUCGCCUACGUCAGCUUGGAGUUGCCAAGAAGUUUGGGGCGUUAACUGAUAACUUUGCUGGCAAACGAGUGGUGCUUAUCGAUGAUUCGAUUGUGAGGGGCAACACCAUCUCCCCUAUUAUUAAACUGCUGAAGGAAGCAGGUGCAACAGAGGUCCACAUUCGAGUUGCAUCACCUCCAAUCCGGUUCCCAUGCUACAUGGGCAUUAACAUUCCUACCAAAGAGGAGCUAAUUGCUAACAAACCAGAGUUUGAGGAUAUAGCGGGUUAUAUUGGUGCUACAAGUGUCCGUUAUCUGUCAGUUGAAGGCCUGGUAUCUGCUGUUCAAGGUGGGAUAGAGUCACAUGGGAAAGAUGAGAGGAUCAGCACUAAGACUACUAGAUUUGGUCAUUGCACAGCCUGCCUCACAGGAAAAUACCCAGUGGAGCUGGAGUGGUGAAUUUCAGCCCUCCGAACUGCUAUUCACAUAAAUGUCUAUUCAUUUCUGUAUAGAAUAGUUUUUUGUUUGUCUUUUGAAAUCUUUUGUUAAUAUGACUAAAACCAGAAUUAAAACUGUGGCGCUGCUUUAACAUUUGUAGCAUUUGUAAAUGUCAUAAAAGGCAGGCCAAAUACUGUGUGAAUUAAAAUAAAACAUUCUAUUUUUCCUAUUCUCAAACAUUCCUUUAGGAGUUGCAUUAAAAGCAUUCCUGUUGCUGUCAGAUUUUAAACCACUACUUUGGUCAAGAUUCUUGUCUAGUAAAAUCACUACAUCUUGUAAAUAUCAAAACGUUUAAACAAUCUGUUUCAGUAUCCAUGUAAGCUUCUGGACAUUUAUCUUACUUUUGAAUCGAUGUGAGCUUUAGAAAUCAUGCUUCUUAAGAAAACCGAUUGUUUUGCUUUUCUGUUAGUCCUCAAAAAUGCACAAAAUGAAACUCGGUAUGUGAA